CCCUCUCGGGGAUUUGCGCUUCUACUGCCUGCAGGCCGGCGCGCCCGGGGACUCCUCGCAGCUGCGGGUACUCCGGUCCCUGCCCCACCUCCCGGAGCUUCAGCUUCCUGCCCUGUGACACAGAUGUAACAGUGUCCGCCAGCUCGUCGUCGUCGAGACGGAGAACAUCUGGGCACUGAGCCAACUGAACGAAUGCUUACUAGCCCCUGCUGGCCGAGUGCUGUCCGGGACACUGAGGACACAGUGGUCAGGAGGACAGGGCCCUGCGUGCAUGGCCUUGCACUCACGAACCACAGAGAGGAACACAACGAUCAGGUCCACGAGUGGACCUCCCUUCAAUUCGGCUCUCCCGCCACCUCAGCCGGGGCUCAGUCAGGAGAGACCAGCCGGGGCGACCCCACCCCUUGCGCUCUGGAGACCAGCCAAUGAGACCUCGAGGCCGAGACUCUGGACCAGCCAGAGGGCGGCACACUCACGUGUUUGCGGCCCAGCCCCUUCCGCUCCGGGAGACUGGCCAAUGAGGGCCAGAAGCCAUCUCCGGGGGCCGGGUCUGGUAACGGAAAGGGGUGGGGUGCUGCGCCCAGCUCCCGCCGCGUGCCCCCCGCCACACAGCUGGGCCACGGAUCCCCACGCGAGCGCAGGCCGUGCCGGAGAUGGCUGAUUCUGACCCUGGAGAAAGAAACUAUGACAACAUGCUGAAAAUGCUGUCAGACCUGAAUAAAGACUUGGAAAAGCUACUGGAAGAGAUGGAGAAAAUCUCAGUGCAAGCCACAUGGAUGGCCUACGACAUGGUGGUGAUGCGCACCAACCCCUCGCUGGCAGAGUCCAUGCGCCGUCUGGAGGAUGCCUUCCUCAACUGCAAGGAGGAGAUGGAGAAGAACUGGCAAGAGCUGCUCAAUGAGACCAAGCAUAAACAGUAGGCCCCCUGCCCACCCACGGCCACCAUGCUGCCAUCUGCCAAUGUGGAGAAGCCCCUAAGG